CCUAGUAGUAGCACACUACUGUGACAGCAUUUAGCUUUCAGAUGUUUCACUUUCUGUUUAACUGUUAACGCCAGGAAGGUUUCGGUAGUUAGCGGUCACCGACGAUUAUCCUCUUCGCUGCAAAGGACUGAAGAGCAACAUUCCCGCUAUGUUUGCGCCAAUAGGUUCCAAUUAGCCGGUUAUUAAAGCUGAUAGCUAACUGCUAACAGCUAGCAUUGCUAUCUAACGAUUUCGCCGGUACAGGCGGACCUCUUUGUCUGACAGGGGAAGGCGUGCUCUUUUGUUAGGCUUUUCCCUUUGUCCAUACGGGAAAGAGGAACCGUUGGGCCACUAUUUCGCAAUUAUCUGCAGAUUUGAAAGUAUUUAGAAAAUGCAAAUCGCGAAAAAAUACUUCACAGAAGGCCUGAUUCAGUUAACGAUCUUACUCAGUUUGAUUGGAGUUCGGGUGGAUAUCGACAGCUACUUAAGCGGCUACUAUACGCCUCUGAUAGAGAUUAACUUGGGUCCUAGCUCAGCCUACACCCAGACACCCUUUCAUAAUUUGAGAGACACUCUUGACGGAUACAGUGUGCACCCAAAAUGUCCCGAAUUGGACUAUUUCUUUGCAAGUCGCCGGCUACUUGACGAAGUGAGGAACCUCGGAUCACCGCGGUUCCCCACACAGUUGAACGCAUGGCUGGUGCACCAAGUGUCUGCUACUGACAGUGCUGACUGUGGGCCUUCAACCAGCAGCAACAAUGACACCAACACGGUGCUAGAAAGCAACGGGGACGAAGCAAGACAUGACAAUCAACACCUGUCUGACAGUGGCCAAGAGUUGUGCCAAACAACCACUGAUCGCGGACAUGGGCCUUGUAGAGCUGGAGCCAGUGGGUUUCUCAAAGAGGAGGAGGAUGCCACAGUUAAAGAGGAGGAAGAACCUGUCCCACUUACUCAGCUGGCUCACAGUUCCUCACUGGAACAAGAGAGUCUGCUUGAAGGCAUCACUGCACUGUCUGAUCCAGCACGCCAUCUUCCUCUUGCCAUUGAUAUUGACCAGCACUGGAGCAGUUUACUCUCUCUGUCUGUUACUGACCUUGACGACUUGGACUCCCUUGUCACUGAGCGUCUGCCAGACCUCAACACAGACAUCACCAGCGCCAUCAGCCAGGAUGUCAGUCUGCACGAUGCUAUGGUAACCAGUGCUGGAGUGUUUGAUGCAGUGUCUGAAAGAAUUGAGCCCAGGCCGGUCACCCAACAACAAAGACCCCUCUUCCGACUGGAAUCCACAGGCUCCUUACACUCAAACGCAUCACCAGGGAUGGCAGUGGGCCUGGCUGCCCUCCCCUUUGCUUCAGUAUGUAAUUUAACUGGAGAUGUGUCAUCACAUAGUGCGCUGAGUGGCUGUCUAGAUGAGGCAGUGUUUGACCAGAUCAAUCAGCUUGGUUUGGAAGGCUUGGACACCCAACUGAUGGGUUCUCUGGAGAGCAUAGACCCACAGGUCCUCGGGGACUUGGACUCGGACUCUGGUCUCUCCUUGGAGAGCAGCUCUGGAGGUCCAGUCUCCCCAGACUCAUCCGAGAUGUCGUCGUCAUCCAGUUCAUACUGUGAGGAUGAGUGUGGAGCUACGGGCUACAGCAGUGAGGCGGAUUCAGUCCCCUCAAAAGGCAUCAUAGACUACAGCUCUGUGUGGUCACCUAUUGAUCUGAGUGAGAGUGUGUGGCAUGACCACAGCUACUCAUCUCCUGCUUCCUUCAACCAGCCAUCAGUGACGCUUCCUCACAAAGGUAUCAAAGAGGAGCCUCUCAGCGAUGAUGAUGAUGAUGAUGGGCCAAAGUUUGAAGACAGGGAGCUGAGUCGUGAUGAGCUCCGUGCCCGUGCCAUGUGCAUCCCGUUCUCUGUCCUGCAGAUCGUCAACAUGCCUGUGGAGGAGUUCCUCGAGGUCCUCGACAGUCACGGCUUCUCCCCGGAACAGGUGACCCUCCUGAGGGACAUUCGCAGGCGGGGGAAGAACAAACUGGCAGCGCAAAACUGCCGGAAGCGCAAACUAGAUGCUAUCAUGGGUCUGCAGGAGGAAGUGGAGAGGCUGCAUGCUCAGAGAGAUAGACUACUGAGGGAGAAACAGCUUACAGCCAAGACAAUGGGUGCUGUUGGCCAGCAGAUAAGGCAGCUGACCAGAGAUGUCCUGGCCCGGCUGAGGGAUGAUACAGGACGGCCCCUGAACCCAGAAAGAUUCACCCUGCAGUGCGGGGCUAAUGGGAGGGUUGUGGUUCAGCGUGUAAGACGGCCUGCUGUCUCCACAUCAACAGGCAACAAAACAGACAAGAGAAAGAAGGAGAAAAAGCAAUAAUGCAGUAUUGCCAGCUGAGACUUGAGCUUUUAGGUUUUUGGAUAUUUCUGAACUUACUUGCCUGACUCUGGUUUUGGGAUCUCCUCUUUUGUAAAAGUGUGUGUGGAUUCACCGCUGUUGGGAGCCUAAAUCGGCAAAAGCUGCAAAAAAGAAAAGAAAUAAAUAAAAAAAAAUCUCUGUAAAUAAAAUUUCUCAUGAGGGAAAUGUAGCUUACACACUGGACAUUUUGUUUUGCUUAUGGAGUUGGACAAGGCACCCACAGCAGUUCAAGGGAUCAGCUAAGCUGCUGGCGAAGCAGCCGGUCUCUCUUUGUGCCUGUUAACAUUAAAGUAAUUGAGUCUUUCUGUUUUUACAAGCAAAAACAUGGACAACCAGGCAUGUCUUUAGUCAGCAUGGCCAGCAGUGUGACACUUGCUGGAAAGAGAUCUCGGAGGAGGAUUCUGUUCGUUUGUUUGUUUUCUUGUUGCCUCUCUGUGUAUACUUUCUCAGUAUAAGGAGGAGGGUAAAGAUUGUAUUUAUUAAAGUUUCUGAGGUGUCUGAAAUCCUUACAUGCAACAUGAGACUGUCGAGGACAGUAUCUUUUCUUCAUAACGGCAAGUUUAUCUCAAAGUGGUGAGAAUUAUGGGACAUAACCUAUCUAAAGUUUACAGGUUUGAUUCAGAUAUCUGAGGGCAUGUACUGUUCAGUAGAAAUUUGUACUGAGAUGUUAAAAAAAAAAAAAGGAUUUCCUUAUGUCUGAAUGACAUACAAUAUACCAAUGAUUAAACUGAAAAGGCCUUAAUUUGCAUUGGAGAAGUGUUUUGGUUACUGUGUGUGCACACGUUCCACAAAUGCACACAAUGUUUUUAAGGGGCUACCAUUUUAUGUUUUGAAUUAGCUGAUUUGUUUUCAAGCACAAUUUUGCUUCAUCCUUUCAUUUCAGUUACUUGAGUAUUUUGGCAAGAUUAUAUUCUACCUCACGCCUUAGUAUAGAUUUUGGUUAAAUAAAAAAAAGUGGAGAAAAAAACCCUUCCCCUUUUUAGGGCGACUUAAAUGCACUCACUAACCACAAAUUCUUCAUUGUGAAAAUUUGGCCCUGAAAGGACCUAAACCAUCCAGUUUCUGAAAUAAAUAAAUAAAUAAAUAAUAAAAAUACAAUCACCAACUCUAUUUAAUAUGAUUGAAUGUUGUUUGGAUGUUGCUUUUUUUUAUAUAUAUUCGAGAUUAUCUGAGAGUUGAAGUUAAGUGUUAAGACAAGAUUAUCCUAUUCAUGGGCACACCUCUAUACAGUGGGCUAAGUGAGUGAUUUAAAUGGAGAAAUGUGCAUGAAAAAGUUAAUAGUGUGACUCAUUAAGUUUUUUUUUUUUUUUUAACCUAAAUCCUCACAAAUUUGUAUUUAAUUUUCUGGUUUGACCAAGAGUUUACUUUUGUUUGUUUGUAUACAUUUCACAUUGCUUUUCUUUGUUGCUGGUUGCAAAUGUUUUUGAAUGCAUGGUGACUGUUGAUAGUAUGAUUAUGCCUAGGGAGUUUGAAAUGCUUUAGCAGACAUUGUUUUUCUGAUUUAAAUGAAAAAAAGAAAACUGACAAA